UUUCAACAGUGUUUGUUAAGCCCGCUGACGAGUUGUGCUCCAAUCAUUUCCAAAGCCUUAAUCUUUUUUUUCGAAAUGUCUAGACUCGUAGAUGGAAAACUGGCACUUGUUACCGGUGCUGGAAGCGGCAUUGGAAGACAGGUAUGCCGAGUUUUGGCUCGCGAUGGUGCAAUUGUUGUCGCGACAGGUCGGAAUAUCAAAACUGUUCAGGAAACUGUUGCCACUUUAGAAGGUGCUGAACAUAUCGCAUUGAAUAUGAAUGUUAAUGAUCGAAACAGUGUUGAAACUGCAUUUAAAGAUGUCGUGAAGCAAUUUUCAAAGCCUCCUACCAUUAUUGUCAAUUCGGCAGGCAUCCAUCGGAGAAAUCUUUUGAUAGAAGUUGAUGACAAUGCCUUUGAUGAUGUCAUCAAUACCAAUUUAAAAGGUACCUUCCUAGUCAUGCAAACUGCUGUUAAAAUGAUGUUAGAGGGAAAUGCAUCCACAAAUUCCUCAAUUAUCAAUAUAAGUUCGAUUGUUGCUAGAGGUAGAUCCAUUGGAUUAAGUACUUAUAGCGCGUCAAAAGCUGGAAUGAUAGCUAUGACAAAGACCGCUUCGUUGGAGUUUGGACAGUUUGGAAUUCGGGUAAAUGCUGUAUUGCCUGGUUUUAUAGACACUCCUAUGACUGCAGAUAUAUCUGACGAAGUUAGGGAAAUGUUAAUAAAACAAAUACCAUUGCAAAGAUUGGGAAAGCCAGAAGAUGUAGCAGAGGUUAUCUUGUUUUUAGCUUCCGAUAAGAGUUCCUACGUAAAUGGAGCCUCUAUUGAAGUUAGUGGAGGCCUUUAAGUUUUAUUAUUCGUAUACAUGUACACAUCAGGUAUAUUAUACAUAUGUGUGUAUGAUAAUUAUAA